AUGAGAAAACACGAGAUCACGAUUGCGAAAGUGCUUAGCAAAGAUGACAAGCCCACCCAUGACAUUAGUGGUAGAGGAAUAGCAAGAAUUUACGGCUCAGGUGGUGUUUUGCAAAAGAUUCUUCGAAAGACCUAUCAAGAAGGAUUAGCAAAGCUUAACAACAACGACUUUGAGAGCAAGGAGGCUAAGAGAGAGUUUGAGAAGUUCGUGGAGGAACUUACACCUGAUGAGAUGAAAGUCGUAACUGAUAAUGACUGGCAGCAACGGGAGCCACCUAGCAUUCUCGACUUACUUGGUGACGCUGAUAUUGAGCUGGAGGGUGAUAAGCCGUACGUUAAAGGUGACGAUAGCGAUGAGUGUGAAGAAGAGGUUGACUAUGACUCUGAUCUUGAGGAGCAUUUCAAUUCACUUGAAGACGAGUACGAGGAUGACGACCAGUGGGCUGCUGUACAGAAGCAGGCAGCGCUUGAGGAGUCUGAGGAAUCUGAGGACUCUGAGUUUGAGGGGUUUCCGGAUUCUGAUGCCGCUUCUGAGUCUGAUAAUUAG